CUCCCAUCAGCAUUCCUAUUCUUUCUUGCUGAUCUUAAGUUGCCAGAAGUGUGAGGCACAAAAUGUGUCUGUUGUAUUUUUCUCUAGAAUUGGAGUACAUUUUGGCCAGUCAGUGAUGGCAGAAUUCAUUGAAGAACCAUCAUGGGGCAAUUUCUCUGAUGAAGAAGUUGACUUUAGGGAUCAGAGUUCUCUCACAGGAGUUUUGGGAGCAAUCCUCCUUCUGAUGUGCCUCAUUGGGAUGACAGGAAAUAUCUAUACACUAGUGGUGGCAUUUGGUGCAAUGGCGAUUCGUUCAGCAGGUUGUUUGUGUAUAUAUAUUAUUAACUUGGCCUUGGCGGACUUACUCUACCUUUCCACUAUCCCCUUUGUGGUUUGUACAUAUUUUGCCCAGGACUGGUUCUUUGGAGAUGCAGGAUGCAGAUUUUUGCUUAGCUUGGACUUGCUCACAAUGCAUGCUAGCAUCUUUCUGCUGACGGCCAUGAGUUUGGAACGUUAUUGGGCAGUGACUAGACCACUAAGGGCUAGGAUUGUUGGGAACAGUUAUCACAAGGUUGCCAGCAUUGCUAUGUGGUUUCUCUCAUUGUUGCUUACCAUACCAAUGAUGAUCAUGAUCCAGCAGCGGGAAGGCAGAAGCCACAAACAUAUUUGCUUUCCCACAUGGACACCUGAUGCCUUCCGAGUUUACCUUACAGUUCUCUUUGGCACUAGCAUUCUAGGGCCUGGCCUUGUCCUAGCUGUACUGUACUCACGUCUUGCAUGGGCCUAUUGGAUUUCCACAAAAGCUAUGCAGCCUCAGGUCAUGGGCAGGAUGCUGAAACAGAAGCUGUUCUCCAGGAUCUUCAGCAUCAUUGUGGCCUAUUGGGCUUGCUUUGUACCAUUCUGGGCCUGGCAAUUAGCCAAGUUGUACUGGCCAAUGGACUUGGAGAUUGGGCCUACCACGCAGGCUUACCUCAACUUUGGUGUUACCUGCUUGACCUAUAGCAACAGUUGCAUCAACCCAUUCCUUUAUACCCUGCUAACAAAGAAUUACCGUGAGUACAUAUCAACUCAGUGCGAAGAAAGACAAGGCAGACAGUAUGUCUUCUUCAGGAGGGUGAGAGAUGCAAAACCCCAAGCAAAACUUGUAUCUGCAGCACAGGGAGUUGUACCAGACUGAAGAAACAGAAGAUAUCCAUUGAUAAUUAAUGCCAAAGAUGUUUGUAAGGUUCAUCCUACUCACUUAAUCCAAAAACUUCAACCUUUUUGGGUCUGUGGUCACAUUUAGAAUUUUGACAGCACACAAUAGGAACUCAUGCAGACUAGUGAGAAUGUUCCUGCUACCCGCUCUGGACCCUUAAGAUGCUCUCAGCUUACCUUUUCCUUAUUCUGAGCAGAUAAGCACACUUACAAAUUAAGCAUGGGCUGCAGCCACACAACAUUUUUAUUUUCUAGGAUUGCUAGUGGGGAUUAUGAAGACGUAGAAGUAUUAUUGAGAAUUAAAAAAUAAUAAUACUAGAGAGUGGGAUGUUGCUUUGAGGCCUAGUAAAUUCCCAUUUCAUUAUUCUUCAAAAUCAGUUGGGGAAGAGAAACCAGGUAGCAUUAUAGGAGAUAUCCAUGAUAAAUUGGUAACAAUAGGCAUCUUGCUGCAAAUGCUAGAUAUGUGUGCAAAAUGUAAUGAGUUUUGCUGCCAGUGAUUCAGUCAGGUGGCUAAAGGGGAUGGAUCAGCCUGGCACCUGUUGGCUAUUUCAGGCUGGUGUGGGGACAACCUUCCCCUCUGGUCCUUGGGCACUCUCCUCCAGGAUCAUUCUGUUUCAGGGAGACAGAGAAUCUACCUUUUUCAAACCAGGCUUUCC